UGCUACAAAGCAGGCAAAGUUGAUGCGCUGGGAGGCGAUGUGACGUCAUCUGGAAAGCCUCGGUCUCCAGCCAGGGAGCAGCCUCAGUUACUCAUGUAGUGUCCACGAAGUUCUGCCAUUGCCCGGACAUUUUUUCACGUGACAAUUACAGCUAUUGUUUUUUGCAACUCUCUACGAUUUGGGGUCUAAAUAUCGACGCGACGCCAUGUCUUUCACUCCAGGACAGCCGGUGACUGCUGUUGUGCAACGAAUUGAAAUCCAGAAGCUGCGGCACGGAGACAAUCUGAUCCUGGGCUUCAGCAUCGGAGGAGGGAUUGACCAGGACCCUGGACAGAACCCCUUCUCUGAGGACAAGACUGAUAAAGGCAUCUAUGUGACCAGAAUAUCAACUGGAGGACCAGCAGAGGAUGCCGGCUUAAGGAUGGGAGACAAAAUAAUGCAGGUGAACGGCUGGGAUAUGACCAUGGUGACACACGACCAAGCUCGUAAAAGGCUAACAAAGAAGAAUGAGGACGUUGUGCGGCUACUGGUAACCAGGAGGUCUUUGGAGGAUGCUGUGAAAAACUCUAUGAGCAGACCGUAACAUAGGGGCACUACUUAUAACCUCAGACUCUUGUUAUCGCCUGACUGAACACUCCUACACAAAGACUCACACAAAUGCAGAUGAUGGUGGCCUUUAUAACUGCAUGAAAGCAAAUAUUUUACACAGACUACAUCACGUCUUUCUUACUUAUUCUGAUCUUUCCGGUCACACUCACUAAAACUAUCUUCAAGGUAUUUGUUUUACCUGUAUCAGCAUUUCUGUUGCAUACUUAUCAGCAUGGUUUGAGAGAGGGAGCAAUAACUGAACACUUUUGGUUCAUAUCAUGUAAACUAGUUCAUGUAAACACUUGUUCUCUAGUGAUCAACCACUUUGAGAAUAACCCAAACUUUUAAAGCAAAAUGUUCAAAAUGUUGCUUUAUAAAAAAAAAAAAAUUGGAUUAUGAAAGCUGAAACAUUCAUGCUGAUAUUCCAAAAUUCACUUUUUUAUAUUUGAAAGGCACCUUUUGUAAAACCUUGUAAGAUCUUUCAAAUUAUUCAUACAAUAUUUUUGACAAGACAUUCUGUUGAAAGCGAUUCUGAUCCUUUUUGCCAACAGAUGACCAAAGGUAGUCUUGAUGGUUUGGAAACAUCAAUAAAUGAUUACUUCUGUUCAUUUUCUCAGUAAUGGUGAAUGUUUUGUCUCAUUUUAUUAUUAAACAAUAUUUUGCUGUCACUUCUGUUAAGGUUACAGCAUCAAAUGCCAAAGUGAAAAGCAAGGCACUGUGAAGUGAUCAAAUACAUAAAGCAGUGUUUAAUAGUACAGCAAUCCAUAAAAUAUACCAUAUACUUGUUUUUUAAGUUUUAAUGCGUUCUCAUGUCAUUCCAAAAUGUAUUUUUGUAAUGAUUCUUCUGUCCAUGUGUUAAAAAGUAACAUUUUCUUGUAGUGUGUGCAUGCCCUUAAGUACCAACAUAACAUUUAAAUUGCUUGUAUUCUUCUAAGUAAUACUAAUCAUGUUGCGUACAAGCAACACUUCACAAA